GUGCGCAGCGUCGUUAGCGGUUCUGCUAUAAAACUACAUUUCCCAGGCCCCCUCCGGCCUGUCGGCGACACACUGUUGUUAAUGGAUAAUUUAGGCUAAGGGCAUACUGCAAUAGUCUCGGAGCCGCUUGCAAUUAAGUCGUCGGGCACCACGCGACAGAUUCCUUUAUUGCUUACAACUGACAACAAUGUCAGAGACCUCGAGUGAUGCAGAGUCAUCCUGUGGCUGGACUAUUAUAAGUAAUGAGGGCUCAGAUAUUGAGACCCUGGGGCCGGAGGCCACAGUGGAAUAUGGGGCCGAGCUGUUAGAGAGUCCUGCAGCGGAGGAGCCGCAGCCGCAGGACUCACCUGCCUCCCCAUCUGAUGCUGGGUGUGCUGAGAAGAAGGGUGGUGAUGCACUUGAUGACAAUCUGAAGGAGCAAACCUUAGACGAGACGCUGUCUUCUGAGGCCGGAUGUGGCCCUCCAGGCAAAGAGCAUGUGACCCUGUGGUCCUCCAGCGACCACUCAGACAUCGUGACUCUCGGUGACCUGAGGGAGGAUGAACAUGCAGCGGUGGAGGAAGAGGCAGCGGUCAGUGAGGAUUUCUACCUUGGCACCUCGUCUAGCAGCCAGUACACCUUCAGUCCUGUGGAGACAGGUUCGAUGUUGAGUGAAUGGAGGCUUCCACAGAGUCUGUGGAAUUUAGGCUGCCAUCUGAAAAGCCAGCUGUCUGGAAACCACUCUUUCCCAGUUUUUCCAGUGCAGCAGCCUGCAGUGGCCAACUCCAGCAGCAGUGAGGAUGAAGCAGUAGGGAGCACCAGUACCGUUGUGCGGAGACGAAGGUUGAGGAAGAGUACCACCAGCAUAGUGACAGAACCUGAGGAAGAGGCACGGGAGUCUGGUCCAAGUGCGGAGGAGGAGGAGGAGAAGGAGGAGGAAGAGGUCAGAGAGGAGGCGCACAGGGAGGAGCAGACUGAAGUACCACCCACUGUGACCCAGCCUGUGCAGCGUCAUGUCAGCAGCACCCUCAACACAUGCAUCCUGCUGGCCCUUGUCGUAGCCGUCAGCAUGGGCUUUGGUCACUUCUAUGGCACAGUCCAGGUUCAAGAGAGACACAAAACUGUGGAGAAAAUCAGAGAGAAUGAGCUUGGUGACAUCAGGGAUCUGCUUCAGCAGCGUUUGAAAGAAGAACUUUUCACAAACCAGGAUGUGGUUGAGAGUCUGAGUGAAGACCUAGAUGAACAUGACAUAGUGUUGUCAAUCACCGGAAUCAUGGAUAGGAUUACAAAAGAGAACCAGGAUCUCAGAUUCAAGCUGGCACAGAUUCAGACCCAGAGGGAUGAGCUGGAAAAUCAGCUGAAAAAGACAGCGAUGGAGAGAACUAACAUGGCGUCUUGGCAGCAGAAGGUGACGGCUGAGAAUCAGCUGCUGAAGAACUCCCUGGAACACGAGGAGAAGUCUCUGUCCACCUUGCAGGAGGAAUUGAGAAACUUGCGUUCUAAGAUCAGGGAACUAGAGGACAGGGGAGCCGGCUCUGACUCCAUACUGUCGGAAAACCAGAGGCUGAAAGUGCAGCUGGAGGAGGAGAAGCAGCUGAUCCACAGCGUCCUGGGCCAGAGGGAAGGCUUGAUGGCUGAAGUCCAGACACUGAGGAAGGAGCUUGACAAGGAGAGAAAGGUUACAGACAGGUUGAGGAAAGAGUUGACUCAGAGGAGCAGUCGCAGCGCCAGGGCUGGGGAGGAAGCCAGCGCAGAGACAGAUGAGCUACAGUCUCGUCUGAUGGAGCUGGAGAAGAAGCUGAGCUUUGAGCAGCAGCGCUCUGACCUGUGGGAGAGGCUGUACGUGGAAAGCAAAGAGGAGAGGGCCAAAGGAGACACUCAGUCCAAAGUUAAAAAAGCUAAAGAGAGCAUGGCAGGUAAGGUGAAAGAGACAUUUGAUGCUGUCAAGAACUCAACCAAGGAGUUUGUUCACCACCACAAAGAGCAGAUUAAGAAAGCCAAGGAGGCUGUGAAGGAGAACCUGAGGAAAUUCUCUGAUUCUGUCAAAUCAACUUUCCGCCACUUCAAGGACUCAGCCUCCACUUUGCUUAACAAGGCCAGAGGGUCUUACAGCAAGAGAUUUGACGAAAAGGAUGCAAAAGAAUCAUGGCAGCACAGGUGGCACAAGCCUCACCACAGACACCCACACCGAUCCACAGACGACUCUUUCCAGAGCAACCAAAACACUCGAAAAUCAGGGGGUAAGGUUCAUGAAGAUCGCGACACAAACACCCACAAGGCUCCCAAAGGUUGUUCUGGGGUUUUCGACUGUGCCUACCAAGAAUCCAUGAGUCUCUUCAACAAAGCCAUGGAGCCGAUAAGAGCAGACGAAUUCCACCAGCUUCUUCAAAGCUACCUGCAACAAGAGGUUGACCACUUCCACCACUGGAAAGAACUGGAGAAAUUCAUCAACAACUUCUUCCACAACGGUGUGUUUAUCCACGACCAGAUGCUGUUCACAGACUUUGUGAGCGGGGUGGAAGACUAUCUGGAGGACAUGCAUGAGUAUCACGGCCUCGAUGAUGAUGUGUUUGAAGAUCUUGAUGACUAUGUGUACAGGCACUUCUUUGGAGACACUUAUUCGAAAAGCUAUGGUCCAAGCAGGCCUUUUGAGCGAUCUGACACAGAUGCUAAAGAGGAGCCACGAGGAAAGCAGCAACAGCGUAAGCAACAGCGGGCCAGACCCCGACCACAGAGGGAAAGGAAGUGGAGCCGAUCAGGCAGGAACACAGACAGACACAUGGCUGAUGUCAAAAUAGAAUUGGGCCCUAUGCCUUUUGAUCCAAAAUAUUGAAAAAUAUUUUAUCUGCUUUACUGGAUAAUAGCUGUAGAUUCUAUUUUGAAUUUUAUUUGGAUUGAAAGUUUUUUGUUUUUUUUUUUGUAAUUUUGCACAAGGUUAACUUUUUAAUGCUACUGAAUGUCCUUGAGCUUUUUGUGUUCAGUUAAAGAACCCUUACUCAGCUAGAAUGGAUAAUGUGGCAUAUCUUAUGUCGUGCACAAAAAUGCACUUAUUUGCAUUUAAAUUAUUGUUAUCAAUGAUGCUAGAACAAUUAGAAUACAUGGCAGGUGGCUGCCAAUUAAGUGUGCACUUAUGAGGACAGCUGUUAGGUCAGUUGAAUCUGGAACGAUUUUUACUAGCUGUGUAACGUUGACAAAAGUAAGUUUUUGUUAGGUUUAUAAUAAUGUUUGUGGCCAACUCACUAUGGACCUGCUGAUGAUUUCAUGCUUACCAUGGAUUCUUAUCAUCAUGCACAUGACUGUCAUGAAACGUUGAAACGACUAGGAAAAAUUAAUUGGAAACUUGCCUUUUGUGGAUUUUUAAGCCAAAACACAAUGGGAAAAAAUGUCAUUUUGCGUGUUUCCAUGUAUAGACCCAUAGAUGUUGUCUUACUGCUACUGGCAGCUUAGUUUGACAUGGUUGCAGUUUGCUUUUGAAGUUAAAUGCUGUUUUCUAACAUUCCAUGUCGGGCUUGUUUUUACUGGAGCUGGCACUUCUAUUUGACAUGUAGACGUUUUAAAAACUGUUGUCUCUAAAUAAAAAAGUCCACGUUGACUAAAUUUAAUCCUCAGUAACAUUCUCAGUAACAAAACAUAGAAUUUCAGUUUAAAGUAUUUAAUUCAGUAGCAAAUCCACAUCAUGAUAAAACAAUAAGGAAAAGAAACUGUCAUUGUUCCCAGUGUUUGUCAGUGCCUUUCAUAAAUAAAGAUGCUUCCUCCAA